GCCAGAGCUUUUGAAGAAGGAGUCCUCUCUCCUGGCAACUGGACCAAGGGAGCUGCUGUGCACACCAGUGGGCCCGUCUUGACCAUGACCCCUGCCUGGAUGUGGCUGCUCUACCUCUCUGUUCCCCAGGUUUUCCCUGAGGCCCAGUCUGCAGAGCUGUAUGUAGAAGUCCCAGAAAACUACGGUGGAAAUUUCCCUUUGUACCUAACCAAGCUACCCCUACCCCAUGAGAAAGCUGAAGGCCAGACUGUACUGUCAGGAGGCCCAGGCAAGGCAGCUGAAGACCCCUUUGCUGUGGAUCCAGAUUCUGGCUUUCUGAUGGCUACCAGGGCCCUAGACCGAGAGGAAAAGGCAGAGUACCAACUACAGGUUACCCUGGAGUCUGAGGAUGGACGUGUCCUGUGGGGUCCACAGCCUGUGAUAGUGCGUGUGAAAGAUGAGAAUGACCAGGUGCCCCAGUUCUCUCAGACCAUCUACAGAGCUCAACUGAGCCAGGGUACUAGGCCUGGCAUUCCCUUCCUCUUCUUUGAGGCUUCGGAUGGGGAUGCUCCAGGCACCGCUAACUCAGACCUUCGAUUUCACAUUCUGAGCCAGUCCCCAGCCCAACCUUUGCCAGAUAUGUUCCAGCUGGAGCCUCAACUAGGGGCUCUGUCCCUCAGUCCCAAAGGAAGCACUAGCCUAGACCAUGCCCUGAGAGGGCCUUACCAGCUAUUGGUACAGGUCAAGGACAUGGGUGACCAAGCCUCAGGCCACCAGGCCACAGCUACUGUAGAGAUCUCCAUAGUAGAGAAUACCUGGAUACCCCUAGAGCCUGUUCACCUGGCAGAAAAUCUCAGAGUCACUUACCCACACUACAUUGCCCAGGUACACUGGAGUGGAGGGGAUGUACACUAUCACCUGGAGAGCCAACCCCCAGGCCCCUUCAAUGUGAGUGCAGAGGGGAGGCUCUAUGUUACCAUGGAUCUGGAUCGAGAGGCCCAGGCUGAGUACCUGCUCCAAGUUCGAGCUGAGAAUUCCCAUGGUGAAGACUACACAGAACCUCUGAAGUUGCAGGUGGUGGUGAUGGAUGAGAAUGACAAUGCUCCUGUCUGCACCCCACAUGGUCCAUCAAUCAGCAUCCCUGAACUCAGCCGCCCAGGUACUGAAGUUACUAGGCUGUCAGCAGAAGAUGCAGAUGCCCCUGGAUCACCAAAUUCCCAUGUUGUGUAUCGGUUGCUGAGCCCUGAGCCUGAGGAGGGGUCUGAAGGGAAAGCCUUUGAGCUAGACUCUACCUCAGGCAGUGUAACUCUGGGGACUGCCCGACUCCAAGCUGGCCAGAACAUCUUGCUUCAGGUCCUAGCUGUUGACUUAGCAGGAGCAGAGGGUGGCCUCAGCAGCACAUGUGAGGUGGCAGUCAUGAUCACCGACAUCAACAACCAUGCUCCUGAAUUCAUCAUUUCCCAGAUUGGGCCUGUGACUCUUCCUGAGGAUGUGAAGCCUGGAACUGUGGUGACCACACUCAUGGCCACAGAUGCUGAUCUUGAGCCUGCCUUCCGCCUCAUGAACUUUGCCAUUGAAGAAGGAGACCCGGAAGGGAUAUUUGAUCUGAUCUGGGAGCCAGACUCUGGUUACGUCCAGCUCAAACUCCACAAGAACCUCGACUAUGAGACAGCUCCUCAUCACAAGGUGGUAGUGGUGGUACAGAAUGUGGAGAAACUUGUGGGCCCAGGCCCAGGCCCUGAAGCCACAGCCACUGUGACUAUACUGGUGGAGAGGGUGAUGCCACCUCUCAAGUUAGACCAGGAGAGCUAUGAGACCAGUGUUCCAGUCAGCACCCCAGCUGGCUCCCUCCUGCUGACCAUCCAGCCCUCAGAAUCCAUGAACAGAACUAUCAGGGUUGAUUCAUCCCUCUUGGGUUCUUUAGGCUUCAUCCUUAUUCUCGUCUUCACCCACCUGGCCCUGGCGAGGAAGAAGGACCUGGAUCAGCCAGCAGACAGUGUGCCCCUGAAGGCAACAGCGUGAGUGAUCCAGACAUUCCCCAGCUGGGAGGUUGGCCCCAGCCCCAUAUGAACUCACUAAGAAAGAACCUAGUGUCAAGAUCCACUGGGGACCAGGACAGAGUAAAAGCCCUUCACUUUUCUGAAGUGGAGGCACUGUCACCAGACAUGACCCAGAGUCUGAACACUGGGAUAGCUGUGAGAAUAUUCCAAAUGGCAGCUUUUUGUCUAAUAAUAAAGGCUCAGAGAGCCUGGCUGGGUCCUAAA